AUGCGCAGUGGUGCGGCCGGCCGGGUCAUGGCGGGAGCGAUGGCGGCCGCGGCCGGCGGGGACUCGGACGGCGAGAGCGAGGAGCUGGUGCUGACCCCGGCGCAGCUGAUCCACAGCCUGGAGCAGGCCUGGCUGAAUGAGAAAUUUGCUCCGGAGCUGCUGGAGAGUAAACCUGAAAUCAUCGAGUGCGUUGUGGAGCAGCUGGACCAUAUGGAAGCCAACCUGAAACGGGCCAAGAAAGGAGACCUGAAGGUCAGUGUUCAUCACAUGGAGAUUGAGAGGAUCCGUUUUGUGCUCAGCAGCUACUUGAGGUGUCGGCUGGUGAAGAUAGAGAAGUUCUUCCCCCACAUCCUGGAGAAGGAGAAGUCUCGAGCUGAAGGGGAGCCCUCCAUUUUAUCACCAGAGGAGUUUGCUUUUGCUAAAGAGUAUAUGGCAAACACAGAGACUUACCUGAAAAAUGUGGCCCUGAAACACAUGCCACCUAACCUGCAGAAAGUGUCUCUCCUGAAGUCAGUCCCAAAGCCCAACCUGGACUCCUUUGUGUUUCUGAGGGUGCUGGAGCGGCAGGAGAACAUCCUGGUGGAGCCAGAGACAGAUGAGCAGAGGGAAUACACCAUCGACCUGGAGGAGGGCUCGCAGCACCUGAUCCGCUACAGAACCGUGGCGCCUCUGGUGGCCUCGGGAGCUGUGCAGCUCAUCUGAGGGGACAGGCUUUUCCAGGUGUGCAGCGGGCGGGCUGUGGCCCCGCCAGCCAUGCCCGUGGACCUGGCCGUGCGGCUCUGCCUGAGCCAUUCGCCCCCCAUCCGCAAACUGCUGAACUCCUACGAGGAGCUGCGGGGCAACC